CCAGGAUUCUGGUUCUUUAAUGCUUUGAUGAGGAUAAGAACUCAUGAUGUCAUCACACGAUGUCACAGGAUGCUGGAUCUAAAUCUGUGUAUACCAGACAGAAUUUUCAGUCCAAGCACAGUUCGACUCAAUCAGUUUCAACAGUUUGGUUCCGAGAGUAUUAGAAGAUUUUUCCAAGAUCACUUUAUUGUUAUUCCAAAGUACACUUUAGAAGAAAAUAAGACAGGUUACUUUGACAAUGCCAGGUAAGAGAAAACAAAGACGGGGGGGACCGGUUAUAAUCGACCAGGUAGCAAUGCUGGAGAACAUGGAGUAUGACUCCCCAAUUAAAUUCUACCACAGCCCCGUGGACAUCCAGAAAAACUCGCUGGCCAAUUACAUGGAUCAGUUUCAGGGACAAAAGGAUCUCAAACAUCAGACCUCCAACACCGAAGAUCUACAAGCAGAGCUGGAGCAGAAGAAAGCUGAGAUUGAGGCCCAUAAAGAUCAGCUUCAGUUUGAAAAGCAGCAGCAGCAGGCUGUGGAAAAAAACAAUUCGGAGUUGCGAUUGGAGAACAAUCCGUGGAAAAAGAGGGCUCAGCUUCAAGCCGAGAAAGACAAGAAUAGUCACCUCAUGGCUUCACAUGAAGAGGCUAAACAACAUGUUGCCCAGCUGGAGAUGCAAGCUAAAAAACACGCAAAGAAGGGAGAAGAAGUAAAAGCUCUCAAGUUGGAGCUUCAGUCUGCAAAGCAGCAGCAGCAGGCUAUGCAAAAAAACUACUUGGAGUUGCGAAUGAAGAGCAAUCCGUGGAAAGAAAGGGCUCAGCUGCAAGCGGAGAAAGACAAGAAUAGUCAUCUCAUGGCUUCACUGGAGGACGCUGAGAAAGACAAGUCUUCUCUCGUGGCACAGCUGGAAAAAUCCAAGGCCACUCAUCUUGCCCAAGCUGAAGAACACGAGAAGAUGAGAGAAGAAAUGAAGGCUCUCAAGUUGAAGCUUCGGUCUGCAAAGCAGCAGCAGCAGGCUGUGGAAAAAAACAACUCGGAGUUGCGAUUGGAGAACAAUCCGCGGAAAAAGAGGGCUCAGCUUCAAGCCAAGAAAGACAAGAAUAGUCACCUCAUGGCCUCACAUGAAGAGGCUAAACAACAUGGGCUGGAGAUGCAAGCCGAAGAAGACGCAAAGACGGCAGAAGAAGUAAAGGCUCUCAAGUUGGAGCUUCAGUCUGCAAAGCAGCAGCAGCAGGCUAUGGAAAAAAACUACUUGGAGUUGCGAAUGAAGAGCAAUCCGUGGAAAGAGAGGGCUCAGCUGCAAGCGGAGAAAGACAAGAAUAGUCAUCUCAUGGCUUCACUGGAGGAGGCAAAACAACAUCUUACCCGGCUGGAGAUGGAAGCUGAAGAACAUGCGAAGAAGGCUCUGAAGUUGGAGCUUCAGUCAGCAAAGCAGCUUCAGGCUCUGCCAAACGUGAACUUUGAGCUGAAGAGACAUUUUGAAAUUGAGAAGGCUGAAACUCAGAAGCUACACCAUGAGUGUAGACAGAUGGUGGAAACUCUCCAAAAACAUAAAGAAAUCCAGGAUUUCCAUCAAGCCAAAUUGGAAGAACAGAGAGCAGAGACUAACAGGUUUGCAGCAGCCCUGAAACAAACACAAGAUCUGCUGGGGACUGAAUGUAAUCGCUAUGAGAUGGAAAAACACACCAUCCUGCAGAACACACAGAUCUACGUAAACUCCUGUGUGGCUCAAUUGAACGGCAAGGAAGACGAGAACAGGAUGCUCAAGGCUGAAGUGGAGACUCUGAAGUUGGAGCUUCAAUCUGCAAAGCAGCUUCAGGCUGCGGCAAAAAACAACGUGGAGUUGGAUAGCUAUUUGGAAAAGGAGAAGGCUCAAACUCUCCAAAAACAGAAAGAAAUGCAGGAUUUCCAUCAAGCCCAAUUAGAAGAACAGAAAGCUGAGACUACAAGGUUUGCUGCAGACCUGAAAAAAACACAACAUCUGCUGGAGACUGAACGUCAUCGCUUUGAGCAGGAAAAAGAGUCUAUUUGGAAGGAGACACAGAACCCCUCAACCUCCUGUCUGGCUCAACUGAACGGCGAGGUAGACGAAAACAGGAAGCUCGAGGCUGAAGUUGAGACUCUGAAGUUGGAGCUUCGGUCUGCAAAGCAGCUUCAAAACAGAUUGGAGAGCGAUCUGUUGAAUAAGAUGGCUCAGCUUCAAGCCGAGAAAGACCAGAAUAGUCAUCUCAUGGCUUCACUGAAGGAGGCAGAACAAGACAAGUCUUCUCUCAUGGCACAGCUGGAAUUAUCCCAGGCCAACCAUCUCGCCCAGAUAGAGAUGCAGACCAAGGAAAACAAGAACACCAUGACUGAAAUGAAGAAAAAGCUUGAAGAAUGGCUCCGGUCUGCAAAGCAACUGAAAGCAGAGAAGGAGGCCCUCCAAAACGAAUUGGAGGCAAAGAACGACGAGCUCCGUGCUGAAAAGAGGCUGAUUGCUGUGGAAAAAACCAAAAUGGAGAUGGAAUUGGAGAACACUCUGCUGUAUGAGAGGGCUCAGCAGCAAGCUGAGAAAGACAAGUAUAGUCACCUCAUGGCUUCACUGAAGGAAGCUGAGCAAGACAAGUCUUCCCUCGUAGCACAGCUGGACGAGGGAAAAAGGGACAACACUACCAUUGAGGAUGUUCUUAAACAGGUUGGGAAGCAGCUGGAAAUUGGACAUCUUCAGUGGAAGGAGGAAAGGACUUCCCUUCUGGCACAGCUGGAAAAAUCCCAGGCCACACAUCACGCCCAGUUGAAGAUGCAGGCAGAGAAACACAUUAAUACUGUCGCUGCACUGAAGAAAAAGCUAGAAGAUCAGCUCGAGGAGAGCGAGAAGACCAGAGCAUCCUAUGUAUCUCAACUGGACGAGAAGAAACAGGACAACAACACCGUUGUGGCUGCUCUUAAAGAGGUUGAGAAGCAGCUGAAGAUUGGACAACUCCAGUGGCAGGAGGACAAGACUUCCCUCACAGCACAGUUGGCAAUAACAGAAGCCACACAACUUGCCCAGUUGGAGGUGAAGCAAGAAGAAAAUAAGAACCUCAUGGCUGCUCUGAAGCGGGCUGAGCAGCAGCUGGACAAUCAUCAAAUCCAGUGGAAGGAUGAAAAGUCUUCCUUCCUUCAGAAGCUGCAGGACAAGGAGCAGGAGUGGCAGCAGAACGAGAGCUCCAUGAGAACCCAGCUGGAAGAUUUAGAGAGCCAGAUCGGCAAAAAGAAAAAGAAGUGGUACAGAAAGUUCUUCUAA